GAAAACAAUUGUUGGCAUACAACGUGGCAGCCACCGAUCUAAAUAUUGAUGCUGUAUAGUAUACAGGCGUAGCAGAAUAUCGCAGCUUUGGGUCUACAGCAGUCGAGGGAUAGUCCUGAAGGGCGGAUGCUUGGACCUUCGAAUGUAUGGAGAGUUGACGACGUCGGGAAGGGACCUAGGCUACACAGAUGGGCCGGGUUCCCUCGCCAUGCACCAUAGUGGGAAGCCGGUGGAGUCCUUCGAGGUGAAGUUCUUCACGCCUCUAUGAGAGAAUCCAGACUUCCGAAACCACUGGACGUGAUAUGGACUCUUAACGUCCGUGACUAUCCGCUUCCCACUAGCAUCAGCCUGUUUGCUCACACUGCCAAGCAACAGUCGCCCGAGCCCCCGACGCUGUGCGUCAGGAUGUACAGCGAGGACUUUGAUAUGCCAUGCGUCCCUUCGGGCACGCUCCCCAGAUCUGAACGCACUCCUGUAGAGCUCCUCGUAAGUAGGUAUGUAAUGAUAUGAAUACCACUCGCUGAGGUACGGCGACAAGCUCCGGAGGAAGUCUUCUUGUUGACUGUGGGGCGCGAGCGCAGAACAUGCAGAGUACAGGUGUGCUUUCAGUUCACAUGGAAGAAUGAUGGUAUGGACCAACUAGAAAUGCCAGUCUUCCCCGGGGGCGAUUGAGGCAAUGACGCCUUGUAUUCGUUCGUUCACGAGGCCAACAUAUACCUCUCCAUGUGCGAUACAUGCACGGAUGGUUCGCCUAUGUACGUCGGCGUGCGUCCGGGCGGAAUUUCCGCUGAUUGACGCCAUACCGACGUCGUCUUUGAAUGCGUCUAGUAAGAUUUGCACGAUGGCCUCAACAUCUUCAUCUGAAGGAUCGACAAGGCGGCGGACAGAUGCCAUCUUGAACGACGGAUGUUGGUAUACGAGAUGCGAGUUUAGGACUGAACUUGGAUGGGUGUUCGGAUGCGGACAGUGGUGUCUCCGACGUCGUGUGGCACUGACGAGGUCGAGGAUUGCUGGAUACCGCCUAUACUUAUAGGUCUGCCAAAGAGGCUGCCGCGUACCCGGCUCAGGCAUGUCCUCGUCCACACGGCUCGACAUCCCAACCGCGGACGCCGAGGAUCACCGCUCGAGUCGCAGCGGUACACAUCCCGAGGCCAGACGACAAGCGGCUCCGUCGUCCGUUUGCAAGCUUCCUCCCUAUUCUCUCGACGUCGCGGGCUUGCCAUAUACUGCACCAUACCAAUUGCAGCCUCCUUGGCUGCCCCAAGGGGUGAUAUUGGCACUCACGAAUCAUGGACUGCUCGAGACUCUCCUGACAAUUACAGCCGAAUCCGAAGAACCUGACUCCGAGCCUCGCCUUACGUUACCCGGUAUGAAUCCCAUCUGCCGCGAGCUUGUCGAGUGUUCCAUGCAACAGCCCAUCUCCGAGUCCCGAACCUGUCAAGCCCUCUUCUCUCCGAACUAAGAUGGUUGUGCCUCCGGUUCCACCUACGAGUCGCCGGAUCGCGGCCCUGCGACAGCAGCCGCUGUUAUGUUUUCCCAGCAGGAUCGCCCGGCGUGCGCUAUUUGUAACCGCCACUUGGCGUCCGCUAGCCUGCUCACGCGCACACCCUUCGAACGGACGCCUCUUUAUUGCGCUUGCGGACGGACGCAUGUUCUCCGAGACUUGAACGGUUGCCAGUCCGCCGGACGACGCGAACAGUUGUCGAUGUCGACGUCGCGCAUGCGGCCUUCCUGGGCAGUUGUUUGCCAGCUUCUCUCCGAUGCAUUCGUCUAGGGGUGUUUCUUCGGCUCAAGAAGGCGGCGGUGGUUCGCGUCUCCACAGGGAGGGGCCCCCAGGAUGCAAUGGAGCACACGCUCCCAGUGCGAACGCCCGCCUGCAUGGGUAUGUCGCAUCAUGCUCCGUCCCAAGGUUCAUUCAUUGAUGCCUAUCCUAUCACGGACGUCUAUCAGUUCAGCACCCGUAUUGCUCUAUUGCCCCCUCCUAGGUUUAUGAGUCGAAGCGUCGGGGAUGAGCGCGGCUUUGGCUUAGGCUCUCGUCGGCGGCCUCUCGGUGCUUCUCGUACGUCCACGAGAAGGCUCCUAUCGGAAUAUAUGCGCCCGUCGCUGGGUUGGCUCAAUGGCACGUAUUUUUGCACUGUGCUCCAGACU